GCAACAAGAAGACCAGAGAACAUAGAAAUAUAGCAAACAGAAGUACAGAUGCUUUACUCUAUCUGUCAGUUCUACAUGGACUUUUGAAUGGGAUUUAAGAACUUAUUGAUCAUAGGAUUCGUAUCUCAGAGAUGGAGACGCUGUUUGCCAGAGCUCUUUAUGACAACACAGCCGAAACCAAGGAUGAACUGGCCUUUCACAAGGGUGACAUCAUCAUGGUGCUGGAGAAGAACGUGGCGGAGAGCAUCGGCUGGUGGAAGUGUGCUCUUCAUGGAUGUCAGGGCCUGGCACCAGCGAACCGCCUGGCUCCGCUUUCCCCAGCAGAGGCUGAGAAACUUUGUAUGAACUUGGGUACAGAGAGGGACUACUUGAGCAACCACUGCCAUCAGAACAUCUAUCAAACUCCAAAAGCUAGCAGGCCACCAGUGAUUCCGAUUUAUGAAGAAAUGAGUACAAUAUAUACAGUGCCCCUUCAAGCUGCCUCUUCAUCAGAGAAGCACACGGCACAAGAGGAUCUAGAAGGAAUCAGGUCUCCUCAUGACGCUUUAACAGCCAGAGUUGGUACAGAAAUAUAUGAUGUCCCAAGCCUGGUGAGAAAACCCUCCUUGUUCACACCAUCUACACUGCAGCCUUUGGAAAGGAAAACAUCAGUGACGUCAAACACAGACUUUCAUAAUAGAUAUGAACUGCUGCAAAGUGCGAGAUGUGCGACUGCAACCAAGAAAAGAGUCGCCACAUUACCCCCAAUGACUUCCCAAGACCCCAAUUAUGACAUCCCAGUGCCCUCCAUCAGUGAGGAUAUUCAAAAGCCUCUAUGUGGUUAUAGUACCAUGCCAAAACCCUGUAAGUCUGAAUGGAUUUAUGACGUGCCUGUUUCCCCCCAAAAACAAGGAUGUGAAACUUGUUACUAUGGCACCAUGCCACUAGCUGUCUUUAGAGGCCCUUCUCUCACAUCUUCUGUCUUCUGUUUCCUUCAGACGCUGUUUGCCAGAGCUCUUUAUGACAACACAGCCGAAACCAAGGAUGAACUGGCCUUUCACAAGGGUGACAUCAUCAUGGUGCUGGAGAAGAACGUGGCGGAGAGCAUCGGCUGGUGGAAGUGUGCUCUUCAUGGAUGUCAGGGCCUGGCACCAGCGAACCGCCUGGCUCCGCUUUCCCCAGCAGAGGCUGAGAAACUUUGUAUGAACUUGGGUACAGAGAGGGACUACUUGAGCAACCACUGCCAUCAGAACAUCUAUCAAACUCCAAAAGCUAGCAGGCCACCAGUGAUUCCGAUUUAUGAAGAAAUGAGUACAAUAUAUACAGUGCCCCUUCAAGCUGCCUCUUCAUCAGAGAAGCACACGGCACAAGAGGAUCUAGAAGGAAUCAGGUCUCCUCAUGACCCAUCUACACUGCAGCCUUUGGAAAGGAAAACAUCAGUGACGUCAAACACAGACUUUCAUAAUAGAUAUGAACUGCUGCAAAGUGCGAGAUGUGCGACUGCAACCAAGAAAAGAGUCGCCACAUUACCCCCAAUGACUUCCCAAAACCCCAAUUAUGACAUCCCAGUGCCCUCCAUCAGUGAGGAUAUUCAAAAGCCUCUAUGUGGUUAUAGUACCAUGCCAAAACCCUGUAAGUCUGAAUGGAUUUAUGACGUGCCUGUUUCCCCCCAAAAACAAGGAUGUGAAACUUGUUACUAUGGCACCAUGCCACCCAAAACUAUGAAUUCAAACAAGCCGCUUUAUGACACUUUGCCAAAUCAUAGCUGGCCUGAAAACAGGCAUGGCCCCAUCCAGCCCCUCUAUGACAUCCCUAAACCGAGCAAUGCAGUGGUGCAGUCUUGUACAGAUACUGGGAAUGCAACAAAUUCAUGCAUCUAUGAUGUCCCACCUUGCCUUAAACAAACAGAGAGCCCUGUAGUGUUACCCAGAAAGCAAAGCCCUCCUGAAACAGACUCUAAAAAGACCCACGGAUCUCUUGAGUACAGGGAUAAACCUGGACCCAUGUAUGUCCAACUUCACCAUUGGCCCUCAAGGGGCAGAACAAUGUCCAGGCAGCCUGUGGAAGCGACAAUUAGAAGGGACGAUGAGGACAACAAAGACCACCAGAGGAGCUCAACGGUGUCCACCUCCUCCACAGCUUCCAGUUCUUCCAGGAGCUCAUGCGACUCUUUCAUGCUGAGUUCUCCUGAACCUGAGCCCUUGCGUGAGGUCACACUUUCACAAGAGCAAGCCAGCAACAGGUUGCUUGAGCUGCAAGAAGCAGUGUGCCAAUCUGUGCCCAAGCUUAUGCUGUUCGUCAGCAGCCAGUGGAGAACCAAAGAGCAUCUGAGUCAGCACCUCCAUCAGAUCCGCAUGGCCACUGAAGACGUGACUGACUCCGUCACCUGCUUCUUGAACUUCGCCUUGGAUGUCAGAGGUAACGCACAGCGACUGACAGACUUCAGCCUGCAGACCAGGCUUCUGAAGCAGCUCUCCAUCGUUGAAGACUCUGGCUUGAUCCUUCAGCAGGCUGCAAGGACUCUGCGAGAUCUGGGCUGGCUGCUAGAUACGCUAGCUCAGGAUGACGGCCAGUCAGAGACGCCUGACCACCUGGAGCGCUUUGUUAUGGUGGCUCGAACCAUACCAGAGGAUGUGAAGAGGCUGGUAUCCAUCCUGAAUGCAAAUGGAAAGCUUCUUUUCAGAGUCCCGGCUAAGGAACCAGUAGUGGUGGAGAAUAUAGGCCCGUCUGAAAGGAGAAGUCACAGCAAAAGUGAACCAAUGGUAGACUCAGGAAUAGAUGAAAGUGACUAUGUCCAACUUCAGACAAAGACAGAGUUCGACCAACAACCAAAGCCACCCAAAAGCAGUUUUAAAUCAAAGAAGAAUGGUGAUACCUUGAAAAAAACGGUUUCCAAAUCACAGUCCGUUAAUCCCUGCAGUCCACUCCAGACCUCCAGGAAGCCUUCCAUCUCUGACCACUGCCGGCUGUAUUUUGGAGCUAUUCAGAAGGCCAUCAGUGUGUUUAUAAGUAGCCUGAAUGAUGGACAGCCCCCUGAAAAGUUCAUCUCCCACAGCAAGUUGGUCAUCAUGGUGGGCCAAAGACUCGUGAACACUCUGUGUAGUGAAGCUAAAAAUCGAGAGGCCAGCGGGGAAAUGUUGUCUAUGAGCAAUCAGCUGUGUGCCCAUCUCAAGCAACUGGCCAUGGUGACCAAGAAGGCAGCUUUGAACUUCCCCGACAAACUGGCUCUCCAGGAGGCGCAGGACAUUGCCAAAGAGCUGGCUCAAAGGGCACAACACUUCAGAAUGUCACAGGACGUCUGAGCAGCAGUUUGCCAUCUGUUUGCCCAGUUUAUCGUGUGGAGGUUGUCUGGUGAAGACAACAUGGUAUUUGUGAAAUAUCUCAAUUUGUGUGAUUUGUAUGCGAGUCUAAACAAGCCACCCUUAAAACAAGCUCCUUUUUUUGUUCAACCUGUUAGUCUGGAUGAGGAGGCAGUGUUAAAGGUAACAAAGGGACAACUUUUAAUUAUAACCUCAAAUAAUGAC